GGAACGUACAAAAGUACCCUUCGGUGGCAGCUGUGCGAGGGGGACCCCGAGUUUCCAACCCAACUUUUUCCGAUUGUGAGACAAUGUACUAUCCCGUACUUGGGGCUGCUGAAGCUACAUUACUCGUCAGAUCUACAUCGGAUUAGUUGCGGACCAAAGGGUUUCCUAGUUAGUUCGGUCGAUAUGUAGUCGAUCUCACUAUGCAAAGAGUCUCGACCUGACGAGUCGCCCGUGGGCGGCCCGGUUGAAGAAGAUUGGACACGUCGGUGUGUGACACCACUUCCUAUGUCGGCUUAGGGUCUCGAAGCCCCUGUGAUGGGGAGCGGGGGAUCCGCGAAUCAUGAAAAAGGAUACCACGCCGCCGCAGCGACGUUGCUUCACAUGUCGGCACUUUUCCUGGUUACAUAUCUUUCUCUCAACUUUUUGUGUGUUAUCAAAUGUUCGUUGUGUUCCCGAAAAACGCUUCCCUUUCCUCCAUCAUGAGCAACCCCCCCGUGGAUGAUGCACCACCAUCAUCUGGUGGUGCUCUCCUCGGAGCUCAUUAUUGGACUCAGCAAGGGCUGCCUGCAGAAGACGACACUGAUGAUGCAGACUCAACCCUUGGUGACGAGAUCGAGAGCUCGACCGCUUCCAUUUCGUCCAGUAUUCUCAACUACCGCAAUAUCAAUGGCCGAACCUAUCACAGCCAUGCCGCCAUGGAUGAAGAAUACUGGGCCCCCAAUGACCCGAAGCAUCUCGAGGCCUUGGACAUUUUCUACCAUGCCAUCGACAUGAUGCUGGAAGGAAAGCUGCAUCAAGCGCCUCUCAGCCAAAAUAUUGAGAACGCCGUCGAUAUCGGCACGGGUUCGGGAUUGUGGGCCAUCGAUUUCGCUGACAAGUAUACCAACUGCACCGUGAUCGGCACCGACAUCUCUCCUGUGCAGCCGAGUUGGGUGCCCCCCAAUCUCCUCUUCGAAAUCGAAGAUGCCACCAGGGAAUGGACCUUUAGGGAUGAUCAUUUCGAUUACAUCCACAUGCAGUUACUCAACGGCGCUUUCGACAGCCUUACCCACAUUUAUAGUCAAGCGUUCCGGUGUUGCAAGCCCGGGGGCUGGUUCGAGCACGUUGAUGUCUCAGUCAUGGUUUCGUCUGACGACGGAUCGGUCGAGGAGAAUAGUCCGUUGGAUCAGUAUGGCAAACUGUUCGAGGCAGCUGGUAACCGAGUCAACCGCAUGUCCAGGACCGCCGAUUUUACCACAAUGGAGGAUGCCAUGAUGGAGGCAGGCUUUGAGAAUAUAACGGUCAAGAAGUUCAAGAUGCCCAUCUCGCCCUGGCCUUCAGACCAAAGGAUGAAGGAGAUUGGCCUUUAUGCCUAUGCGACCAUGACAACCGAUGUUGAGGGUAUCAUACAAUUCAUGUUCGGUAACAUCUUGGGCUGGUCACAGCAGGAAAUUAUCGUCUAUGCUGCUUAUCUGCGUCAGCAGCUCAGGAGGAGGAAUGUGCAUGGAUACUGGACCUUGAAGGUGGUUUAUGGCCAGAAGCCACAGUAGGAUGAGCAACAGAAAGCAGCGGGGAGGAGGGCCAAGAUGGGAACGAAUAGGGUGUAACGAAUAGCUAUGAUCAGAGAUGAAGAGGACAUCAAGAGAAGGCGUCUGGGAGUAGGAUCUCGGUUAAGUAGAUGUCUUUGUUGUUGAAAUAUCAAUAUGAGUGCCCGGCGAGAGCAAUCAGCUGGCGUCUAGAAUAAUCAUCCCCAAGACACAAAGAAGAGGAAUAUGGAUGAUGCUGGGA